UUGGGCCGGCCGGAGGCUCAGACUCCGGGCUGGGAGCGGCGGGAACUGGCGGACACUGGGCCACAAGACCAGUGGGCGAGCGGCGCGUGCGGGGGCUCGGCUCUCCGGGUGUCGGGGUGUCGGCCCCAGGAUCCGGCGGCCGCUGGCGGGAGUCGGCGGCGCUCGGCUGGGCCUGGGUGCCGGGUGCCCGGCUCCGUCAACUCCCGCUGCGGCCGCCAUGUGGUGCCUGCACUGCAACUCGGAGAGGACUCAGUCCCUGCUGGAGCUGGAGCUUGACAGCGGUGUCGAGGGCGAGGCCCCCAGCAGCGAGACUGGCACGUCCCUCGACAGCCCCUCAGCUUACCACCAGGGCCCGUUGGUGCCCAGUUCCAGCCUGAGCCCAGACCACUACGAGCACACGUCGGUGGGAGCCUAUGGGCUGUACUCAGGGCCACCAGGGCAGCAGCAGCGUGCGCGGAGGCCCAAGCUGCAGCACUCGACCUCCAUCCUGCGCAAGCAGGCCGAGGAGGAGGCCAUCAAGCGCUCCCGCUCACUCUCGGAGAGCUAUGAGCUCUCCUCAGACCUGCAGGACAAACAGGUGGAGAUGCUAGAACGAAAGUAUGGGGGGCGCCUCGUGACCCGCCAUGCAGCCCGCACCAUCCAGACGGCGUUCCGCCAGUACCAGAUGAACAAGAACUUUGAGCGCCUGCGCAGCUCCAUGUCGGAGAACCGCAUGUCACGCCGCAUCGUGCUGUCCAACAUGAGGAUGCAGUUCUCCUUUGAGGGCCCCGAGAAAGUACACAGCUCCUACUUCGAGGGGAAGCAGGUUUCCGUGACCAACGAUGGCUCCCAGCUGGGUGCCCUGGUGCCCUCUGAGUGCGGUGACCUUGGAGAGCCGUCUAACCUUCAGUCUCCCGCCCCCUCCAGUGACUUUGCUGAUGCCAUCACAGAGCUGGAAGACGCCUUCUCCCGGCAGGUGAAAUCACUGGCCGAGUCCAUCGAUGAUGCCCUCAACUGCCGCAGCCUGCACUCGGAGGAGGCGCCGGCCCUGGACACCGCCAGGGCCCGGGACACCGAGCCCAAGCCGGCCCUGCACAGCAUGGACCACCGCAAACUGGAUGAGAUGACAGCCUCAUACAGUGACGUCACCCUGUACAUAGAUGAGGAGGAGCUAUCACCUCCUCUGCCUCUCUCACAGGUCGGGGACCGGCCAUCCAGCACUGAAUCGGACCUGCGACUGCGGGCUGGGGGCACAGCCCAGGACUACUGGGCCCUUGCCCACAAGGAGGACAAGGCCGACACAGACACAAGCUGCCGGAGCACGCCGUCCCUGGAGCGGCAGGAGCAGCGGCUGCGGGUAGAGCACCUCCCCCUGCUCACCAUCGAGCCACCCAGUGACAGCUCCGUGGACCUUAGUGACCGCUCAGACCGUAGCUCGCUCAAGAGGCAGAGCGCCUAUGAGCGCAGCCUCGGGGGGCAGCAGGGCAGCCCCAAGCACGGCCCCCAUGCUGGACCCCCAAAGGGCCUCCCCCGUGAGGAGCCGGAGUUGCGGCCCCGGCCCCCCAGGCCCCUGGACAGCCACCUGGCCAUCAACGGCUCGGCCAACCGUCAGAGCAAGUCAGAGUCGGACUACUCAGACGGCGACAACGACAGCAUCAACAGCACAUCCAACUCCAACGACACCAUCAACUGCAGCUCUGAGUCCUCAUCCCGAGACAGCCUGCGGGAGCAGACGCUCAGCAAGCAGACCUACCACAAGGAGACCCGCAACAGCUGGGACUCGCCGGCCUUCAGCAACGACGUCAUCCGCAAGCGGCACUACCGCAUCGGCCUGAACCUCUUCAACAAGAAGCCGGAGAAGGGAGUCCAGUACCUGAUCGAGCGCGGCUUCGUGCCCGACACGCCGGUGGGGGUGGCCCACUUCCUGCUGCAGCGCAAGGGCCUCAGCCGGCAGAUGAUCGGAGAGUUCCUGGGCAACCGGCAAAAGCAGUUCAACCGUGACGUGCUCGACUGUGUGGUGGAUGAGAUGGACUUCUCUGCCAUGGAGCUGGACGAGGCCCUCAGGAAGUUCCAGGCACACAUCCGAGUCCAGGGAGAGGCUCAGAAAGUGGAGCGGCUCAUCGAGGCAUUCAGCCAGCGCUACUGCAUCUGCAACCCGGGGGUGGUGCGGCAGUUCCGGAACCCAGACACCAUCUUCAUCCUGGCCUUCGCCAUCAUCCUGCUCAACACAGACAUGUACAGCCCCAACGUCAAGCCCGAGAGGAAGAUGAAGCUGGAGGACUUUGUCAAGAACCUCCGAGGUGUGGAUGAUGGUGAGGACAUCCCCCGGGAGAUGCUGGUUGGGAUCUAUGAACGGAUCCGUAAGCGAGAGCUGAAGACCAACGAGGACCACGUGUCCCAGGUGCAGAAGGUGGAGAAACUUAUUGUGGGGAAGAAGCCGAUCGGAUCCCUGCAUCACGGCCUUGGCUGUGUGCUCUCUCUGCCCCACCGUCGGCUUGUCUGCUACUGCCGGCUCUUCGAGGUUCCAGACCCAAACAAGCCCCAGAAGCUCGGACUGCACCAGCGAGAAAUCUUCCUGUUCAACGACCUCCUGGUGGGUGAGAGGGACUACCCCAAUGGCAUCCGGCUCACAUCAGCCGUCCCAGGAGCAGACAUCAAAGUGCUGAUAAACUUCAACGCCCCCAAUCCUCAAGACCGGAAGAAAUUCACCGAUGACCUGCGGGAGUCCAUUGCAGAGGUGCAGGAGAUGGAGAAGCACAGGAUAGAGUCUGAGCUCGAGAAGCAGAAGGGUGUCAUGAGGCCCAGCAUGUCCCAGUGCUCCAGCCUUAAAAAGGAGUCGGGCAAUGGGACACUGAGCCGGGCCUGCCUGGACGACAGCUACGCCAGUGGCGAGGGCCUAAAGCGCAGUGCCCUCAGCAGCUCCCUGAGGGACCUCUCGGAAGCCGGGAAGCGAGGGCGUCGCAGCAGUGCGGGAUCGCUAGAGAGCAAUGUGGAAGGGUCCAUCAUUAACAGUCCUCACAUGCGCCGGAGAACUACAUCAACACGAGAGUGUCCAUCUCGCCCACACCAGACUAUGCCUAAUUCAUCCUCCCUCCUGGGCUCCUUAUUUGGGAGUAAGAGAGGGAAGCCCCCUCCCCAGGCCCAUCCGCCCUCAGCCCCUCCCCCACCACCACCCCAUCCACCAGUCCUGCCCCACCCGCAGCACUCCUCAGCCGGCCACCACCCCGGGCCCACAGAAUGUCUGCCGCAGGCACAGGUGCACGGGCAUCACACCCAGUACUGCCACAUGCAGCAGAACCCACCCCCCUACCACCAUCACCACCACUACCACCCCCCCCAACACAUCCCGCACGCACAUCAGUACCACCACGGCCCCCAUGGGGGGCACCCAGCCUAUGGGGCCCACGUUCACGGCCACCCACCGCUGUCCUCAGCCCACGUGAGCCAUGCAGUGCACCACCACGGGCAGCCACCUGCCCCGCCGCCCCCCACCAGCAGCAAGGCCAAACCCAGCGGUAUCAGCACAAUUGUAUAGACAUCUGAGUGGGGGCUCCCAGGCUCCCUGAAACAGCUGCACACCACACAGGGUACGCCCCGGGGCAGCCAGCCUCACAUCAAACCCAGGGCACUUGUGUUGCCAUCUCUCCCCUCUGCCCCUCACAGCCUGGACGGAGCCUCAUGGACCCACAGGGAGUGUGUUUUAUGGAACGGAGCUCCAGAUUUCAUUUAGCAUUGGCAGCCUGGGCUCCAUUGCUCAGUCCGAGGGGUGGCCUCACCCAUGUCUGCCUGAGACAGCACCAUGGGCCGUGUAGAUGUUGAACUGCCUCCCCCGCCCCAGCCCCCAGCUCUCUGCUCCCUAAUUUACAUGCCUAUGAAAACCCAAGCUAGGGAUCGAAGAAAUGAGAUACAAAAAUAACAGACAAAACAAAACCCCCAAACUUGCUGCAUUAUUGCUCUUUUAUUGACAAUGGGCAAAAAAUUAAGUAGACCUGAUAUGGUUGAUGAAAAUACGUAAGUAAACUUUAUAUAAUAUAAAUAUAUAAAUAUAUAAAUACAUAUAUAUAUACUGUAUAGGUAGUACUUGUGUGUGAAAGGCAAGCAUUUCAGUCCACAGCAUUAGCAAUAUUGACCUCACAAGGAACUUCACUUCCCGGAGGAAGACAGUCCUCUAGAUGAGUGUGUGAGACUAGAGCAAACCCUUAAACGCUAGGAACAAGCUCAGAUACUUCCAUUAUUUUCAUACGAAGAAGAGAAGUCCCUCUAGGACUGGCUAAAUCCUUAUGCCAUCAUUACUAACUGUGCCAAGUAACAUAGCAUCUAACUGUUUAAAAAGUCCAAUGUUGCUUUGUAUAAAUCCUUAUUUUAUUAACAGAUAAUAUAAAUAAUCAGUAUUAUAACUGCUCUGUUAUUUCAGGUAAGCAAAUAGCUAAAGUGCAGUAACCUACAGUAGCAACUUAGGACAACUAGUUAACUGGUUGUCUUAGGAUAUUGGUCACACAGAUUCUUAGACACUUUAAUGGCUGCGAUAACUGUGAAUUUCCAUGAUCCAUGUUUCUUUUAUAUGCAUAUGAUUUGAUGCACACCCAUCCGGAGACCCCUGGGAGGGCCCAUACACAGAAGUCCUCAUCUCCAACAUGAAAACGACCAACCCAUCCUGUCUCCCCAGCACCAUAACUUACUCAUCCCGUCUCAAACCACAGCAGGCAGACGCCCCCAGAAGGUGUUUCCCCCAGGAAACACUCCACUCUGAAGGCUGAUUUUAGAGUCCGGCCACCCGGGGCAGUGUGUGUGUCUCUCAUCUUGUCUUCUGAGUGGUGGCAGUGAUCGUUGUAAUUCCAUGUAGUCAUGUGCUAGCAGACCCCCUGUGUCAUCACCGUGGCCCAUGUGACCCCGGCCGACGAGUGCCCAGCCCUCGCCAGGCAGUGCCCCCGCUGCCCUCUCAUGGUCCAGUGAGCUGCCAGGGCAUCACAUGACUCAGCUGUGCUCUUGUCGCUUCUGUGUUGUGGUGACACCAUGCACUCCCCUGGCACCAGACGCUGCACGAGUUGGGUCUGUGCCUGAGUCACCCACGGGCCGUACUUUGUAGUUUCAGCCUUUCGAGCCACUGCAGCCGCCAGUGCUUUGCUCCUAAGCCGUGGGACCCGAGGACUGCCCCAUGGCCCCCGCCCAGGCGGACAGCCCUUUCAGAAAGGGUGAAGCUAGCGCCCGACUCUGCGGGCUGCGGCCCCGCGCUCAGUGGACAGCGUGGGGAGCCGUGGCUGGACAGCAGGAAGAGAGAGGGGAGCCCACCCUGGCUGUGUGUCACCCUGGUCUGGCUGGGGGCUUUGCUGAUGCCCCUCCUCACCAACCCCCCCCCCGUCAUGUCAUUGAAAUCACUGUACCAGCAAAUCUGUAAACCAAGCACUUUGUUAAUCUCCACAGAGAGUAAAUACAGCAAUUUAGCGUUUAGCCUUUUUAAAAAUGAGUGUGACUUUAACAUGCCCACCUUUGUCCUCUCAUUGGUGUGGCAUUUCUUUCUUCGGCCUCUGCUGAGAAAGAAAAAGUGUGUGAUUGGGUCCAGGCCAGGCUGGUGAGGGCACCCUGGUGUCACUGACUCCAGAAUUCUUUGAUUUUUCUUAAAAGUCAGGCUCCUCGAGGCACUCUCUGUCUUGCAGUUUCAAGAAUGUUGUUCUGACUUGGGAAAGUCGUGUUGUACUGCAUGUCAUCCAGUGUCAGCCGUGUGAGGCGGCACUCGUGUUAUACACGUACAAAAUAUAUCAGUGUGACUGUGACAAAUAGUUGAAGUAAAGUGGUAACAUACCGAAUAUGUCGGCUUUUCUUCACCCUCCUGUGUACCAAGGGUUGAGUCACACUGUGACCUUUAGGUUGUUCCAGAAAAGAUACCAGCUGUUUGGUACAGAAUUGUGCUUUCUGAAGGAGCAUUGCUUGUGUACAAAACUCAACAAAAAGAACAAACAGCAGAUCCAGCAGAGGGGCUUUCUCCCUGUCACUCUCCGCAGCUGCCCCGUGAGCUCCACACAACUCCCAACUCCCAGCCUCCCGCACGGUCUCCUGUGUCCUGCAGCUGUGCUGGGCAGCAGGGCUGUGCUGGCAUAAGGGGCUGUGAACACACUCAGCUCCACCCGGGGCUCCAACACAACUUCAGGGUGUUGCUUCAAGCCACUGAGGUUCCCCCUUCCCCGUGCUUUAUCUGCAGGCUUAUCAGAAGCGUUUACAGAGGCAUAUGUUGGGUUCGGAGGCUGCAGCCAUGGUGCCCACAUCUUGUUUGGGAAGCAAAAGCUCCUAGUGAGCUCAUGUCCCUGUGUGUCUCUCAUGGGACUGUCCUCUAGAUCCCCACCUGUCACAGAGCCACAGCUUCUAGGCCCCAUCCUCACGUGGUCCAGGAGGGGAGGCAGCGGAGCCGAGGGUCCCGGGAUGUCUGCCUCGUCCUUUCUCCCUGUCGGGACACCCUUGGGACAUCUUUCUCAAGUUGCACAAAUUAGUUACAUGUAGAAUCAUGGACAGGAGACCCUUAAAGGAGGCAACUGGUGAUGUGACAAGAGUCUUUUCUGGGACAACAAUCAAAUCAUGUAUUUGUAUUUUUUUAAGUUUAUGAAUGAAUUGUACAACGAUGUAAAAAUAAAGUUC